AUGGAUAAGUUUAUGUUUUGUAAAGUACAAGGUCGAGCUAUUCAUCCUUUCGAUGGAUCUAAAAUUUUACAUGGAAUUAAUAUCGACAUUGGUGAUCGCAUUAUCAUCGAAUCGGAGUAUCAAGGAUGGAUAUUUGGUGAGGUAGUCAAUCAUGAUCAUAUUCGGGGUAUAUUUCCUAAAUCUCAUGUAGAAAUAAUUGAUGAAAGCUUAAACUUGCGCUUUAAUGGAACUAACACUGUAGCUGAUGAAAUUGUUGAUACUAUUCGAGACUGGUCAGAUUCAUGGGAUAGCCGAUUUAAGAAUCUUGAAAAUCGUUACAUUAUUCAUACUAUUGGCCAAAAAUCAGAUCAACUUAUAAAAUUACGUGACAAAAUUUUGGAUUAUCGUUAUUAUUCACAGUAUCAAGUGGAAGCUUUGAAGAAAGAAGCUAUCCAAAUCAUUGAUGAUACCAAUAAGAAUCUUAAUUUUGAUGUCAUUCCUCGCAAAAAUAAUUUACCAGUAAAGGCGGACAACUUAAAUUUGGCACAAUUAUAUACACUGUACCGUGAAGGUUCCGAAAAGGAAAAGCAUGAAAAGAAGGCCUAUGUAAUGGGAGAUUCGCUCCAUAUACUGAUUAAGUUAGAGACUUUCCAGUGGACGUUAAGCGAUACAUCUGAGGUUAUUGUAAGAUUAUAUGAUGCCGAGUAUAAUCGCUUUACUAGUGAUAGCUACGUUAUCAGCUUAACGGAAGAUGCACAGCCGACAGAUCCAACAAAAAUUGGUAAUAUCAAAUUCAUUUUUACGGAAAUCCUUUAUGAAGCUUCUGUCAAGAACUUAUACGUUGUUUUUCGUGUUAUAAAAAAGGCUCCCAUAUCUAAAAGCAGUGCACCAACUGUUCGUUCGAAAUUUUUAUAUAGGCAGCCUUAUGGCUGCGCAGUCUGUAGUGUUGCUCAGAUGGUAGCCAACAACAAUUCUGAUCAAUUGGAUUUGACUGGCUACACAUAUGAAAAUAAAGAUCGCGAUCACUUCGCCAAUUAUCAUGAAAUGCUUAUCGAAAAAUUGACCAAAGACAGUUCAUUUACAGCAGAAAUAUUCAAAAUAAAAGGAACUAAAAUGAUUCUGCCAGGAGACUUUCAUGAGCUUAAGAAGCAUCAUCGUCUCGAGUUUAGUGAAGCAAGCAUAAUACCAAACGUAGGGUACCUUGAUUGGAAAAGGCCAGGAUUGCCUGUUAAUGAGCUAUUUGUUACGGUGAUUAAAACUGAAAUAGGAAGAGAUCGAUCCAGUGAAAGCAAUAUUGAAAUGAUCGUUAGCCUUAUUUCUAAAACCACAAAGCGGCCGUUACCAGGGUGUUUCUCUCAAGGUGCUAAUAGUGAACGAUUUACAUCACUUUCAACUUACGUUAUUUAUCAUGAUAACGAUCCGCAAUGGAAGGAGACUUUUAAGAUCACAAUUCCAAAUGAAACCUUAGAUAACUAUUACCUCAAAUUCGAGGUACAGCAUCGCUCAUCGAGAGACAGAGAUCGGGCAAUAGGGAUAUCUUACUUGAAACUUUUAAAGCCUAAUGGAACUGUCUUAAAUGACGGCGUCUAUAUGUUAAAAGUGCACAAGGAUAAAGGAGAAAUUGUAUCAGACGAAGUCACACCAGCUCCUAAGACUCGUCGAGCUUCGUUUGCAUCUAAAGAUGAGACUAUGACGGUAUCAAUACAAUUUCGUUCUACUCAGCUAACGCAAGAUGUCAAUUUCUUACGAAUAUUUAAUUGGCGUAAUGAAAGUACCGCUUUGGCCAUUACUCUUGAAACGUUUAGUAGAUUGAAAGAGGGCGAUCUCCUAAAGAUCAGCAUCAUUCGCGUAAUCGAAAAACAUGAUGCAAACACAUCUCCCAAAUUUUUGGAUACCUAUACAAAUAGACACAUCACUACUAGUAAUGUAUAUAGGUAUAUUUUCAACUAUAUCAUGAGACGAUUAGAUCUGAUAGUUGCUGGCGAUCUUUCAUCAGAUAGCAGUAAUGAUUUCAAGAUGAUUCCAUCAUUACUCAAAAUUAUGGUAUCGUCCUAUUUUAAAAUAAAUGCUGAUCCACUGAAAGUUGAAAAAGCAACCAUUAACAAAUAUUGUUCCGGGAUAUUAAAAAAUUUACUUAAGCUGUACGAAAUAGAUGGUGAUCACCUAAAUGAUAUAAAGGCUUUCAUCUUAUCUCACUAUAUGGAAAUUUACCACACUUGUAAAAAAGCCUAUGGUGAUGAAACUGAGAUAAUUUCUAGUUUAUUAGCUAAGAUGCAUAAUAAUAAGCAUCGGAUUGGUGAAAUAACGCAAGAGAAGUUAAACCUGAUAGCAGCGAUAUUAAAUGACAAGGAAUUAUUGAGAUAUGGCUAUGAGACUAGAAUUGUUCCUGAUUGCCUUGGACUAAUUCAUGAUCAUAUUCGAUUGUCCCUACAAGAAGAAAAGAAUGAUGUAUUGGAUAUUCCGAUUCAUCUGCUUGAAUUAACAUCAUUUAUUAAUGUACCAAAUGAAGGCCACCAUUACCACAUCUUCAACCAGUUGCAACAAUCUAUUACUACAGCGGUAAUUGCAACGUCUAAUUUCGGAACUAAAACUUACACUAAAGCAAUCGUCGUCUUUCUUGGUACUUUGCAGUUGAGUCGCAAUGAUGAUAUAUUUUUUUAUUUAAGCUUCCAAAAACGGGAAGAAAUUAAGCUAUACGGUGAUUUAAGAAUUGAAGUUGCCAAACAGAUUGCUGUAAUGUGGGAGCUAUUAGGCAUUUUCCCGAGUAUGUUUUCAUUAAUGUUGUUGCUUGAUCCUAAGGUGGAAAUUGAAGCUCUCGAUAAAACUCAUGAGUUAAUUAAUUCCGGUAAAGGCGACUACGAAUAUCGAGAGAUUUUCUAUGACACCUUUACCAAUAUGUUACUCAAUUCGAAGUAUCUGGAUGAACAUGGUCGCGUGUUUGUUAAUAACAUGACCGAUCUAAUUGAUAAAUUACUUGACUAUAGAUACUUAAACAAGUUCUAUCAAGAGCAGUUAAAAUUAGGAAAUUUUGUUGAAGCAGGAUAUACCCUAUUGCACUAUUCGAAUAAAUUGACGUGGUCCAAUGAUUAUCUACCCGAUGUUGCUCAUACUAAUUAUAAAGCCGAGACGGAAGAACAACGAAAAGAGAAAUUAAAUAAAAUGGCUGUGGAUCUAUUUAUACAAGGAGAGUCGUGGGAAAGUGCUAUGUCUAUUUGCCGAGACCUGGUGCUCAGGUACCAAAAUGAACUGGAUCUAAGGAAACUUAGCGGUAUGCUGAAAAAAUACGCGAAUAUCGUGGAUAAAAUGUUAGAUUCCAGAGUUGUCCUUCCUUAUUUUUACCAUGUUGGAUUUUACGGGCUUCGCUUUCCAAAGCUGAUCCAGAAUAAAACCUAUAUCUACAGUUCAUCGCAAGCUAUUACUGAUUUUUGCAGUACGCUGCAAAUCUACUUUCCAGAAGCCCAAUUACUCCAAGCUAGAAGCGACCCUACAAAAUACUAUCGCGAUGAAGUUCAAUAUAUUCAAAUCAUGCCAGCAAAGCCAGUUAUAGAAUCUAAAGAUUAUAUAUCAUCAGCUAAAGUUGAAGAAACUGUCAAAAGAUGCUUUAAAAGAAGCGGAAUUGAUACUUUUGAAAAAUCAGUUGCGGUACAAAUUGGCAAAACAGAUUCCAAUAAUGUUUUCAAAUCUCUAGGAUUAAUUCAAUAUCGGUUAAAAAUAGAGAAACCACUUCCUGGCCUGCAACUAUGGUUCGAAGUUAUUGAUGUUGAAAAGAAAGUAUUGCAGCCUCUUGAGCAUGCAGUAGUUUCACUACAAGAAAAGUUGGAAGCUUUGGAAGAACAAAUUUUAGGGCUGGAGAAUUCUGUUAACGUAAAAAUCGAAGCUCUAACACUAGCGUUGCAGGGUACGAUUAUAGCGCCUGUUAAUGGUGGUUUGGGAAAAUAUCAGGAAGCUUUCAUUUGCCAAGAGUACCUUGCUAGCCAUAUUAAUGAUAUUGAACUCGUUGUUGAGCUUUAUGUUACACUUUUAAAAUUGUUGGUAGUUUUAGAAAAUGGCCUUAUAGUUCAAGAACGUUUAAUAACUAAUCAAAUGAAGCCUUUGCAUGAUAAAAUGUGGGAAGCUUUUCAACGUUUACGGCAAGACCUAGAGAAAAAGGGAGAGUUUUUGGCGGGUGUACCCGGUAGCAGUACCAUUCUACAACAUCAUGAACAGUGGUUAAAAAGCGUUGAGAAAAGAAACCUGGGAGUUAUGUGA